UGGCCCUUUUAUUAUAACAGUACUAUCCUAAUACACAAUUUGAGAAGCCCGGGCAAUAGCUCCCAUCAUGGUCUUUCUCGGUAAAUCACGGUUAUUGGGCCUCCAUAUGCGGAAAGGACCGUUACGGCAAAUUGCAAAAACUUUCGUACGUUGGGCCCUUUCCACCGUGCCUUCUUAUCAAGCUAAAUUUGCAACCGCCUUCAGUCCAGUCAAACUUCAUGGGGCUGCAUGAACACCCGAAUAUUUCAUUCAUCAUAUCUCAAUCCCAUUAAUCCAAAUCCGCUGGUUGCUAAAUCACGUCUGUUGAGGGCUAUUCCAUCAAGUGGCUCCCGUCUUUUCUUCUCAUCUACCCCGCUAGCACGCCGUUCCAAACUUCGUGAUUCCCGACCAGGUGAGCCAAACCAGCGGAUACAGAGGGAGCAACACGCCAGAAACAAACAUCAACGUCAACAAAAGCAGCACACUCAAGAUGACGAUCAAUACAUUGAUCCAAUUCCGCUCCCGAGGUCACGCGAACGCUCCAGCUACCCGCUUGCAGUCCUCAUCGCUGUAGGAUGUACAUACAUAACCCUUAGCUAUAAUCGUUCCCCGUUCGUCGAGUUUCCUCUUCCCAAUCUGGUUCCCAAACUUACGCCGAGCUAUCUCGAAAAAAACUUUAUCCUUUCUCAGCAAAAUAUAGACGAAGGACGGAUCCAUACUCUACUCACCAACAGCUUCAUGCACAUAACCUAUCCCCAUCUUUUCAUGAAUAUGCUUGGCCUCCUAUUCCUGGCCCCUCUCGUAAACCCUCUCACCUUUGUGGCGGUCUGGGCUGGUGCCGGCGUCACAUGUUCAUUUGCUUCUUUAUACACAUGGAAACAUGGCCUUCGGUUUCAUCGCGGCAACGGCUUAUUAGAACGUAUAAAUCGUGGCUGCGGUGCGUCUGGUAGCUUGUUUGGACUAUUUGCUAUGACAGCGGUGAAAUUUCCGAGCUUAAGGUGGCAAGUCAUGUUCAUCCCGAUAGGAAUCCCAGGAUGGCUAUUCUUGGGUGGAGAGACUAUUUAUAGUAUUCUGGCGCUUCAGAAUGGGUGGCAGCCGCAAGUCGGUCAUGCCGGUCAUCUUGGUGGCACGGCAUUUGGCGUCUUGGCUGGCAUUUUGAGUGGAAGAUUCGGCUUGAAAAUGCGGGGUUUUUGAUGAUUUGGUCGUUGGUCAUUCUUGGAGGAAAUAUGGAUGAAAAAGUAGGAUCCUUAUAUCUGUGCUACUUUUAGUUAACUACUGGGUAUUUUUCUAUCCUGAAAUCGCCGAAACAUAUUCAACGGAAGAACAUCAACUUGUGAAGACGUUGAAGACGCAGCAAGCAUUAUAAAUUUUCUGCAGUCUACGCCCCCGCCACCAUUGCUCAACCACAAAACAUAUGUCUUCCGCUCAAAGGCUACGAUUUUCAAAUUCUGUUUUCGUGGGCAAGUUCGAAUUAAGACUACUUUCAUUAUUUACUCAUAAUUUAAUUAUUAUACCCACGUAUUGUUCCGAAUCUAUGCG